AUUCAUGUGUUGCCGUGAUCUCGGUAUGAAAUUCACACUGGUGCAUGUUGUACUCCCAAUUAUAAUCUCUUGCACAUUGUUACGAAAUAAUUUUUGCUGGUAUAGACUAUAGGCGCAGCGGGUCGGCAGAGCUACUUUCUACUUCAUCUUAAUAAGCAUUCAACACGUCGGCAGUGUAUGUGCGCCCUCUUAAAGGAUAUAAGAGUGUCAAGUCGCUGAAGUUGUAACUAUUUUGAUCGAUGCUUGUGAUUUCGACACGUCUAUCUUGAUCACGAUGAUUGACUUACGGAUUGCUGUGAUUGUUUUAAGCUUUUUGGUCACGAAUAUCGAGGCACAGUCACCUGGAAGCACGUUCAACCAAACUUCUCCUAGAAAUUAUACCAACAAUGAUCAAGAAGGGGGAUUCGCCUGCUUCAACAGCUCUCUGACCUUUGACCUUACCGACGUGUGCGAUGGACAAAAUCGAUGCCCUUAUUCAGACGAUGAAUACAUUUGUGAUAAUCAGUUUUGUGACGCAACACAAUUCAUGUGUAACUUUGGUGAUUGGUUUCGGUGCGUACCAAUGCGCUACGUCUGCGAUGACUAUCCCGACUGCGAAGAGAACGUCGAUGAGAUCUUCUGCGAUCCACUAGCAAACUGUUCGCCCACCUGCGAGUGUUCUUGGUACAGUGUAUUUUGCGAAGGUCCUAACGUUGUUGAUGAUACAGGCAUUUUGAAAUCUACAAGAUAUCUAUCUUUUCAUGGGCAAUCGACCAACGGAACGGGGCCAGUACCAAUAUCAAUGCCAUUUAAUUUGACAGCAUAUCAGCUUCUCAUAGAGUUAAAGAUUACCGAGACUGGCAUUCAGGAAAUCAUUCGAUCAGACCUGGAGACUUUGAGAGAACUGAUCAAACUGAGUUUUCAUAAGAAUAAUAUAUUGCGGAUUGAGGAUCUUUGUUUUAUCAACCUGAUAAAGCUGCUGAAACUAGAUAUGUCUAACAAUAUCAUCAAUUCCCUGUCGAAUGAUACCUUUACAGGAUUGAACAAUCUACUUACAUUAGAUUUAUCUGAAAAUUAUUUAAGAUCAGUGCCUGAUGGUGUCUUCAGAGGUUUGACAAGUCUGACUGAAAUAGACAUAUCGUACAAUUCCAUCAGUUCCCUGUCGAAUGAAACCUUUACUGGAUUGAACGAUCUACGUACAUUAGAUUUAUCUGGCAACUAUAUAAGAUCAUUGACUGAUGGCAUCUUCACAUUUUUGACAAGUCUGACAAAACUAGAUUUAUCAAGAAAUGUGAUCGAUCGGUUAUCGAGUAAUUUAUUCGCUGGACCGACAGGUCUGCUGGAUAUAAAUUUAGAGUUCAACAGGAUCGCUGUUAUACCAGCACAUGUUUUCACAGGUCUUUAUAUGAGAACAAUAGAACUAUAUUUGAACAAUAUCACGUCAAUACGUUCUGGAGUUUUUGAAGGACUCGUGGAUUUGAAAUACCUACAUCUUUUUGAAAACCAAAUUUCCAAUAUUGAUAUCGAGGCGUUCGAAGAUCUUUAUUCACUCGAAUUUCUUGACCUCACCCUUAAUUCCAUCAGAGAGUUCAAGAAGGGGAUGUUCGAUAGCCAAGUCAACCUAACUUGGGUGUCAUUCUCAGAUAACCCGUUGGAAUACAUAGAACCAAGAACGUUCCAGCAUCUUAGUCGGCUAGAAUAUCUGAAUGUGGUCAAUGUCCAGUUGAAAAAUCUUCAACCAGAUACUUUUUCAGGAAUUACAUCUCUCAAAGGCUUGUCAACUGAUGAUCACAGGCUUUGCUGUUUGUUCGAUGAGGCAGAUCUGUGCACUAUAGCUUCCUCGAACUUUCUGGAUUCAUGUACCCGCCUCAUGCCGAACACUGUCUUGAGGAUAGCACUUUGGGUCAUAGGAUGGGGUGCCCUCAUCGGCAAUACCAUGGUGCUUGUCCUUCGAUGUCGUAUGGAGAGGUCAGCCAGCUCAAAGACUCAAGGUUUGUUCAUCACAAACCUCGCCAUCGCGGACUUCCUCAUGGGAGUCUAUAUGGUAAUGAUAUCAUCAGCAGACGUGUACUAUGGAGAAUAUUUCUUUCUUGUCGCAGAGCAAUGGCGUAGCUCCAUCGCUUGCAAAGUCGCUGGGUUCAUCGCUGUUCUUUCCAGUGAAACUUCGGUCUUCAUCCUUGCGAUCAUUACGAUAGAUCGGGUCCUCUGUGUUGUUUUCCCGUUCGGUAAAUUGAAGUUUCGAUCUACUUCUGCUCGUGUUGGUGUGGCGCUGAUAUGGGCUAGUGCAUUCGUCGUGAGCGUUGUUCCUUUGGUUGUCAGCUCAUAUGUCAGCGGUUUCUAUGGCCUUUCAGAUGUCUGCGUUGGACUACCUCUUAAUGUUGAAUCAGAAGAGAAUGGGGAAUUAGUAUUCAAUUACACCACCCGGGUGUGGGAUUUUAUUAAAUUUGACGCAACGGAGAGACCAAGUUGGUUAUACUCAAUAGCCAUCUUCCUUGGAGUGAAUUUCUUAAUCUUUAUCCUUAUUCUAAUUUCAUAUGUCGUCAUAUUCGCGUCCGUUCGAAAGUCAGCUCUCAGUGUGGCCAGUAAGGGAGCAGGCAGUUCUGCGGACCGCGCACGUGAAGUGAAGCUGGCCAUGCGAAUGUCUGUGAUAGUCCUGACUGAUUUCUUUUGCUGGAUGCCAGUCAUCAUCAUGGGUAUUCUAUCCCAAUCUGGUGCAGUGACCCUUCCGGUGUCCCUCUAUGCUUGGAGUGUGGUCUUUAUCCUACCAAUUAACGCAUCUAUCAAUCCAUACAUAUACACAUUUAUCGCAACAUGUGGUAGGCCUCAGACGAAAUUAACUACACAGACGUCUAAGACUAUGUUAACUGAUACAAAAUUGUGAGGUAACAUAAAAUGCUAAAAGGUUGCAACACUAAAUAAAACCUCAUCUUUUAAAUGCAAAUUCUGAGGUACUACAUCCUCAGUCAGGAGGGGAAGGCGAAGUAAGUUGAGCAUAGGGGUAAGUUGAGCCACUACCCCAGACCAAUAAUGGAUGAGUCAGACAUUGUGGUGGUGUCAUGUAUUGAUGGUCCAUUACAUAAUCCUUAACACCACCACAUUGUUUUCAGCUUUGAAACAAAAAGUACUUUUGUAGAGGGAAAAUACAAAUUCCAGCC